CGAUAAAGGUAGACAAGCCAGUCGGAACUGAGCAGGCUAAUGACAUGACAGUAGCUCAGUAGCACCUCAUUCGGCCCAUCGCGUGGACCUUCCCUGCUCUCCGACUGCCGAUUCUUCGGUGUCAUAUAAGAAUGUGAACCAACUGUCUCGACACGCUUUUUGCAACGAUCGGGAGCAUUCAUCGCCACUAAAUUAUUGAUUGUUCUUUGCGAAAUUAUCUCCGCGUCAUUGUUCUCACUAUAAGUCCAUCGUCGCCACCAUGGCAGUCACCAAAUCAUCAUCGAUCUUGGUCAUCGGCGCAGGGACAUGGGGCGCCUCGACGGCCCUCCAUUUGGCUCGCAGAGGAUACACCAAUGUCACCGUACUUGAUCCCUAUCCCGUUCCAUCUGCUAUAUCGGCCGGAAACGAUGUCAACAAAAUCAUUUCGUCCGGACAGUACAGCAACCGGAAAGAUGAGAUUGAGAUCAACGAGAUUCUGGCCGAAAAGGCGUUUCACGGCUGGAAGAACGACCCGAUCUUCAAACCUUACUAUCAUGACACCGGACUCUUGAUGUCCGCCAGUACCCCGGCAGGAUUAGACCGUCUAGGCGUACGUGUCCGGCCGGAUGAAGAGCCGGACGUAGUCGAGAUCUCUGAACCAGAGCAAUUCCGGCAAUUAGCGCCGCAAGUCCUGAAAGGCGACUUUCCGGGCUGGAAAGGGUAUCAUAUUCGCUCUGGCGCGGGCUGGGCCCAUGCACGAAACGCUCUUGUCGCAGCUGUUCGCGAGGCGCAGCGACUGGGCGUGAAGUUCGUGACCGGGUCCCCAGAGGGAAAGGUCAUCACGUUGAUUUUCGAGAACAACGAUGUCAAGGGAGCUGUAACCGCUGAUGGCAAGAUCUGGCGAGCAGAGCAGACUAUCCUCUGUGCGGGCGCCACCUCUGGACAGUUCUUAGACUUCAAGAAACAGCUGCGACCGACGGCGUGGACGCUUGUUCAUAUCCAACUGGAGCCCGAAGAACGGGCUCUCUACAAGAAUAUUCCGGUCAUUUUCAACAUUGAGAAAGGGUUUUUCUUCGAGCCCGACGAGGAGCGUGGAGAGAUCAAAAUAUGCGAUGAGCAUCCCGGAUACACCAAUAUAACUGAAUUAUCCGAUGGUGAUGUGAGGAAUAUUCCCUUUGAGAAAACCCAGGUACCUCUGGAAUCUGAGGCACGAGUCAGAGCUCUUCUUUCAGAAACACUUCCCCAACUGGCCGACCGUCCGUUCAGUUUUGCGAGAAUUUGCUGGUGUGCAGACACAGCCAACCGCGAGUUUUUAAUCGACCGUCACCCUGAGCACCCAUCUUUGAUUCUUGGCUGUGGAGCUUCUGGACGAGGUAUGCAAAUCCAGACCUAUUGGUUGCACAUACUGACUCGACUUGUAGGUUUCAAAUACCUUCCUUCUAUUGGAGAUAUUAUUGUCGACGCCUUGGAAGACAAGAUCCCUGAAAAGAUUCAUGGUUUGAUUAGGUGGAAUCCUGAGCUCGCGUCAAAGCGAAACUGGAGGGACACCUUAGGGAGGUUCGGAGGACCUAACAAAGUCAUGGAUUUCCACGAUGUCAAGGAAUGGACCAAUGUAAAACAAAGAGAUAUUUCCAAGUUGUAAAUAUGACAGUAUAUAGACACGAAUAACGGGAUUCAAUGCGCGCAAAGCAUAAUGUGUCAACAGCACG